CAACUGUUACUGUCCGUCUCAAGUCUGUCUGCUGCUCGGUCAUUGGGAAUACAGCUGCUGUCCACGCACUCCCAAGGGCCAUCUCAACUUGCCCAUUGAAUCCACCGACUCUGCCGCCAACCUCAGACUUAGCUCGUGUCUGGCAAUCUGGGUUUGCGGCCUUGAUAUUGUCAGAGGACCUUUCGACAUUAUCUCCUGAAAGCUCUUCUGACGGCAGCCCUGCGACAUGAACGGCGACACCUCUCGCUCGCCAUCGCCUCCGGCGCCCGGCCGUACCAUAGACAUUGAACUGGGCCAACAUGAAGUCAUCACUGUCGAGCUCGACAAACUGGACCCAGAUCCCUCGGACCUGCUUGAACUUCUGGCAGAGGGACAAUGCAAGGUAUCCAUAUGGACGCGUCUUGCAGUGGAAUAUUGGCGUAGAGGGUGGCUGGAUGCAGCGGAGAGGAUCGCUCAGGCGGGUAAGGAUGCUCUCGAGGCAAGUGGCUCAGAGGCAUCUUCUGCCCCCCUGUAUUCCCUGCUGGCGAAUAUCCAAAUGACACGCGCCACGUCCGCACCGAAGCUGAUUCUCUACGACGCACGAGAGGAUAUUAUGAGGUCAGAACGGACAAGGGAGGAGUACUACAGGGACGCCGCACAAAUAUUCAAUCAGGGAGAAAAGAUUGCCACGGAGUCAGGGAGGUUGGGUAACACCCUCUCUAUGCUCACUCGCGGUGUCAUGCAGAUGGGAAUGCGCGCGAUGGAUGACGCGUUGCGGUCGUUCAAUAGCGUACUGAGCCAAGAUGCGAAUGGGAACAACAUCGUCGCUCUCAUUGGGAAGGCGAAGGUUCUCUACACGCAACGCGAUUUCCCCCAGGCCCUCAAGCUAUUUCAGACCGUUUUGCGACUGAGUCCCAACUGCCAACCUGAUCCCCGUAUUGGUAUCGGGCUCUGCCUAUGGUCCAUGGAUCACAAGGCUAAAGCGAAAGCAGCUUGGCAACGUAGCCUGGAAGUGAAUCCUAAUGGAGGCGCCGCUUCGCUACUUCUUGGCUUAGAGGCUCUAAAUGCAAGCAAGGAUGAGACCCAGACACAGGAGGAGCGGAAAACCGGGUUACUUGCUGGUACUCGCUACAUCGAGCGCGCCUUCAAGGCCAACCAAAGGAACUCUGCUGCUGCCAACGCGCUGUGUGAAUUGAUCCUUCUGAAGGGGCAGCACAAAAUGGCUUUGAAACUGGCCGAGCGUACGAUCCAGUUCACGGACAUCAAAACUGUUCUGACAGACGGAUAUAUCCGCGCUGGCCGUGUCUCCCAUGCGAUGGGCAAUCAGGCUGCCGCCAAGAGGUUCUUCAAUCAAGCAAAGUAUGGACAGCCACUCAACCUCAUGGCCAACAUUGGCCUGGCGCAGUUGCAGAUCAAGAAUGGCGAGCUUGCCACUGCGGUAAAUACCUUGGACUCUUACCUGCAGCAGGCGCAGACUUCACGCCAACGCUCACCAGAGGCAAUGGUGAUGCUCGCCUCACUCUGGGCGAACCCUAUCCCCGGCAUCGACUUCACUGAGAAGGGCAAGGCAAGAGAACUCUACGACCAAGUCAGCAAGACUUUUGGCUUGCCCGACGCUGUCGCGCAUGCGACAAAUGGUAACCAACCGCAUCAUACAGGCCGGUCGUCCAGGAGAAUCGCGGAAGACAUAGAUAUGCACGUAGAGAUCGCGCGCCUAUGGCAGAAUGACAAUGGCGAGCGGAUGCGACGUGCAUUGAAGGAGGCGUGGCGAAUAAGUCAAGCGACAAAGCAAUCAAAUCCCAGGCUCGUCAACAAUGUAGCGGUCCUGGAGUACCUUGAUGGACACUACGACGCGGCACGUUCGAUGUUUGAGACCGCGAUCACCCAGGCGUCAUCUCUGGACUCAAGCACAGCGGACGGCUUGUCAACCACAACUUUGUACAAUCUCGCACGGACGUACGAGGAGCAAGGCGAAGAGUCGAUGGCUAGAGACGCAUACGAGAAGCUCUUGGACAGACAUGCGGAAUACGUCGAUGCGAAGAUACGGCAAGCUCAGAUGCUGGCGGAUCUGAACAAACCCAACGAUGCUCACGAGCUUCUCAAGCAAGUUCUCGCUUCAGAACCGAACAACCUCAACCUCCGUGCAUACUACACCUACUUCCUCGUCCAGUCCAACCUCCCCAGACCCGCCAAGGAGUUUGUCUUUGCCACCCUCAAGGACCACGACAGGCACGACCUGUACUCACUAUGCGCAGCAGCCUGGAUCCAGUAUCACCAAGCCCGAGAAAGUCGCGAUGCGUCGCCGAAAGGAGUCGAGGAGCGGAGGCGCGGAUUCCAACGGGCCGCCGAUUUCUAUCAGAAGGCGCUGAGCAAGGAUUCUACGCUUGCAGUAGCCGCGCAGGGUCUGGCUAUUGUCAUCGCGGAGGAUGCAUUGGGCACCCUGGGGGGCGCUCUAGGUCCCCUGGCUCAUGACGAAGGCAUGAAACGGUUCCAGAACGCGCGAGAGGCGUUAGACGUUUUUGCGAAAGUGCGGGAGUCCUUGAACGACGGUAGUGUGUACAUCAAUAUGGGACAUUGCUACUACGCGCGCGAUGAGUUCGACCGUGCCAUUGAGAGCUAUGAAGCAGCAUCAAGGCGAUACUACAGCGGUCAGAACGUUGCCGCCCUGUUGUGCCUAUGUAGAUCGUACUACGCCAAGGCAACCCGGGAUCAGUCAUUCGCCGUCAUGAAUACCGCACUGCAAUACGCUCAAAAGGCCUACCACCUCAAUCCGCAAGACAAGGCAAUUCUCUACAACAUCGCCAUGAUUCAGCAGAAGGCAGCAGAGAUGCUCUUGUCGAUAGCACCGACAAAACGUUCACUCAAGGACCUGGAAUUGGCAAUUCAGCAGGCAACACAUGCUCAGAAGUUAUUCGCAUCUCUUGCUGCCGACAAGUCGCCAGUAGUACCCUACAGUCGUGAUAUGGCUGACCAGCGUCGGAAGUACGGUGACAGCAUGCUGCGACGGUGUGACGAGCACCUCGCAACGCAACGGCAACACGAGACCGAGGCGCAAGCGAAGCUCGAUGCUGCGCGGCAGAAGCGGCAGCGAGAGCGCGAGCAGCAAGAGGCACUCGAGCGCGCACGCGUGGAGGAGCUCAGACGGGAAGCCGAGGAGCUUGCUGAGGAGCGACGGAAGGCGCGUGAGCAGGCCCUUGAAUGGUCGCGGGACAUCAAAAUGGAGAGCGACGAAGAGCGCGAACGGAAAGCCGCCAAGAAAGCCAACCGUCGCGUGCGUCCUGAGGGCGGCAGCGGCGACGAGGCACCGCCGGCGGAACCGCGCAAGAAACGGAGGACUGGGAAGCUCAAAAAGUCCAGCGGUGUUGAGGAAGGAGAGGAGGAGGCGCUCUUCAGCGGUGACGAAGACGAGAAGCCUGCUAAGAAGCGGACGUCCAAGAAACGCGUCGUUCGGGAUGAUGAGGACGAGGAAGAGCCCACAGGAGCUCCGCGAAAGAAGCAGAUCAAAAGUAAAGAGUAUAUCUCGGACUCGGACGAAGACAUGUCGUGACCUCUACUUGUUCCCUAAUCCGCUCUGCCUGUCCACGCUAUAUCAUGCUGUAUUGUACUUACACACCCAUCUGUAUCUGUUAUUCUGCAUAUUCUUUCUGGAAUAUGAGCGUGCCAUGUGGUUGCGAACAACAAAUGGCCUUUCCUGACGCGCCUUG